AGCCGGGCCAGGAUGGUGUACGAGAAGUGUGAAAAGAAAUCUGGUAGAGUCAUCACUCCAGACACUUGGAAGGAUGGUGCUAGGAAUACCACAGAAAGUGGUGGAAGAAAGCUGAACGAAAAGAAAGCUUUGACUUCAAAAAAAGCAAGGUUUGAUCCAUAUGGAAAGAACAAGUUCUCCACUUGCAGAAUUUGCAAAAGUUCUGUUCACCAGCUUGGUUCUUACUACUGCCAGGGCUGUGCCUACAAGAAGGGCAUCUGUGCGAUGUGUGGGAAAAAACUUUUGGAUACCAAAAACUACAAGCAAAUAUCUGUUUAGUAGUACUGAUUACAUUCCUGGCUUUCUGUAUGAUUUUCUGCUUUGAAUUGUCAAAAUAAUUUAGAUGCUCAAGUUACAAAAGAAAAAACUUUAUGACAAUUAUGUUUUUCCAGGGCACUUGAUUAGUC